UCAGAUCUCCGGAUUUGGAGUGCCUGAUGUAUUUACUAGUUACCCUAUUUUCUGUGAAGGAUUAAUUAUCAAAUUUCGACUAUAAAUUCAUGGAAGGUGGUCAGCCGGUCGCUGAAGUUCGUUCAUAUUCACCUAAUAAAUGUGGCGAAGUGGUUAACGGCAGUAUGCACUCAAGUUCAACGUCGGACUCAGACUACGAAUACCGCAAGAGGAAUAGCUAUUGUCUUAGUUGUCAAAGAAGACCUAAAGCAUCAUUGAAAUUUAUAUUAACUAUAUGGUACUCUCCAGAGACUAGUUCGGCUAUAGCCGAAGCAAUGUCAUCUACCUAUACGGAGGUACAAUUACAAGAAAUAGUCUCCAGUUCAACCAAAGAUAUUUUACAGUUAGCUGAGAAACAUUUUGCUGAUCUCAGAAUAUAAUAAUAUCCCGGAUCUCUACGUUGAUUCGCUAAUAAUGGUCUUAUGGAUUUCAAGGUCAUUUUGUAUCGCUCAAAAGCUGUCUUAUUGUAUAUUUCGACGAACUGAAGGCAAUUAUUAUCAUGCCAUUUAUCAAAUUUAAAAGUUGAAUUCAUGAAUCAAUUAUAACUAAACCAUCAUGGAAAACUUAAAAGCACUGAACGGCCAUUUCAUCCUAAUGUGGAACUCGUGAGCAGUGAGCAUCCAUUAUUCUGUUCGCGUGAUUCGAACCCAGGAUUUAUCAGUCUUAAUUUUAAUUGAUUUGUGUUAUUUGAACAAAAAAAUGGUAUAAAAUAG